AUGGGUGUCUCAAAUACCUUGGAGAGUUGUUUUCCCCCAGAUCUUAAGAAGUGGCGGUAUUUAUCAUUGCGGUCUAUGGCAGUAUAUUUACUGGUCUGCAAUUGUCGCCAUACGUACUGCCGUAUAAAUAGCCCUUCUAAAAAGAGUCGCGGUUGCAGCUUUUCAACAUUUGGACCGGUACCCAGGCUCUCCCCAGAGCAAGACUACCUAUACACUUCCUGUUGAAAUCGGUACCCGACUGAUAUAAUAACAAUAUGGCGACAAGCGGAGUUUCACGAAGGGACUGAGCUUCGUGCAAACUGUAGUCGAAAUCAUCGCAUUCUAUCCAACUGUCCGUGCAAAUGAGGCACCAGUCAAACAAGGACACGCCAAAGUGGACAAGAGGAAGCCCGGAGGUGAGGCACUCUAUGUCAAGAGACAGAAUGAGCCCAGGAAAUGAUCGCUACGAAGGUAGGGGAGGUAACAAAGCAGGUCGGUCGCGCAGUCUGGAAAAAGAAGAGCGCAGGAGAGACGGCGCUGGCGGGAAGCGCUCAAGCCGCAGCGACCAUGAGCGUGAUAUCGGCAGAGACCCGUAUCCCGGCGACCAGCGGUACAGCGGCCAAUUCGACAAGCAUGACAGGGAGCCCAAAUACACAAGUUUGCGUGUCAGUAAUUUCCCCUCCCAUGUGUCAGAUAUGGCAAUUAAGGAUGCCCUUUUCCACGAAUUCAAGAAAUUUGGUGAUGUGAAUGUACGGGUGGCAUACAAUGGGGAUGAGAGGUUUGCUUUUGUCAAUUAUCGCAACUCGGAGCAGGCACGUGAUGCUAAACAGGCCAAAGGAGAUCGCUUGACGUUGUUUGCCAAGCUAUUGCGGAUCGAUAGUGUGUUCAGACGAAAGAGUAUUUCGCCAGACCAAGGCUACUCUGGAAGGCAGGGCCAGGAGCCCAUGGGUGGGAGGCGCCAGCAAAACAGAAAUAUGGGGCGGGAUGGUCCCGGAGGCAGGGAUAGAGAUAAUCAGUACGACAGGAGACCUUACGGUGGUGGCGAUGCCUACCAGUCUCGUGAGCGUGAGCGCUAUGAUCGUGAACGUGAUUUAGCACUUCUGCCUGAGGAUGACCCAAAAGCAACGCGUACUGUUUUUGUAGGGAAUUUAGAAGAAGGAAUUCAGGAUAGUGAUUUGAGGCAUGCAUUUGAACGGUAUGGUAUUGUUGAAGAUGUAGAUAUCAAAUACCCGCCGCGUGGCCAGGGUAAUCCAUUUGCAUUUGUGAGGUUUUUGAAUCUUGACAUGGCCCAUAAGGCCAUGGUGUCCAUGUCUGGUCAGUACAUAGGAAGGAACCAGGCCAAAACAGGUUAUGGCAAGCUGUCACCAACAACACGAUUGUGGGUGGGGGGUCUUGGGCCAUGGGUCUCCCUAGGAGUCUUGGAACAUGAAUUUGAUCGCUUUGGUGCCAUCCGUAAGAUUGAUUACUUCAAAGGGGAUGACUACGCUUACAUACAGUACGAAACCUUGGAAGCGGCUCAGGCUGCAGCUUCAAAUAUGAGAGGGUUUCCUCUUGGAGGCCCAAAUCGUCGUCUCCGUGUUGAUUUUGCAGACCCUGAUACAGGCAAUAGUAGACCAUAUUCAGCCCAUUCACCUCCUCGAAGACAACCAAGAGAUGAUGGUGGUGCCGGUGGUUUCAACAACCGUUACAGCCAGGGGCGUGAUUAUCGCCGUGAUUAUUCACCGCCCCCUCCAUUCCGUGACAGCGGUCGCAGUGAUCAAUGGCAAGGAUCUGAUGGUGGUGGUGGAUACCGUGCUGAUUUUAACCGCCGUGGUGCUAGCUGGCAAGGAGAUGAUAUCCGUGGUGAUCCUGAGUGGAGCCGCAGAAACUCGGACGGUGGAGGCAAGCAGUUCAACUCCCGUGGGCCGGACAACCGCCGCAAGCGUCCGGCUUCCCCUGCUGUUGAUUUCAUGAAAGACCGACCAUCUGAUACCAGAGGGAGACCUUUUAAGAAGCGCAGGUCCCCUGAUAAUGGCAGUACUGGUGUGGAACGUCGAUAUGAUGGAAGCUUUGACUCACCAGAGAGGGCCGCGAUGGGUAACACAGACACACCUGAGUACCACAGCAGAAAACGCUACACUGAUGAUAAUGAAAGACGGGAUGGGGAUGGAUACCGUAAUGAAAGGAGGACGUCUGACCGUGGCUACUCGUCCAAGCAGGAUGGAAGGAAAGUUGAAAAGUACGACAGCCUCAUUGAUCUUGUGAAGUACCUCCCGCAGAGUUGGCAGAGCCACAUUGUCCUGAAAAAUAGUGCCUUUGCCACCGCCAUGUACUUCAUCGGCGGAGAUUUGUCUGUGGCUGAGAACCUGCUGCCGAUCAGUGGUACCAGUGAGGAGUCGCCGCUGAGGAUCACCCAGCGUCUGCGCCUGGAUCAGCCCAAGCUGGAUGAGGUGGGCAAGAGGAUUAGUGAUGCUGGCUCCGGGGGCCACUGCUUGCUGCUUUCCCUGCCGGGUGCUGCCGAGGAGGGCAUCCCUGCAGGCACCCAGUUGAGACCUCUGCGCAACCUGGUGUCCUACCUGCAAACAAAGCAAGCUGCCGGAAUCAUUAGCUUGCCUGUGCUGUCUGGAUCAGUCAAAGAUUACGGCAUGCUCCAUGCUUUCCCGCCCUGUGAGUUCUCUCGGAAACAGCUUUUGCGUUACCUGCCAGGUCUGAGUGCAGAGGCAAUGAAUGAGGAUCAUCUUGUUGUGAUCAUCUUGCGUGGAGCUGCUUAAUCGCCCUCCCAAAAUCCCCAUUCAAGUGAAAAUGUUGUUGACAGCUUGUUUGCUUGAGAAAAAAAAGUGUCUGCUGUAGUUUUACUAGCUUGUUUAGUUACGUGUGGUUUUAAAACUAUUUUCACAUUUAAAAAUUCUUUGCAUCGUGUAUAUUUCUGCACAAGACAUUGAUUUUAGCUUCAUGUACAUGAAUUUAUGUCGACAAAAUAACUGUUGUAACCUUACUGAAGUUCAGUUACCUGAAAUUAUAUAUGCAUUGUAAAUCAGGUCAUUUUUGUAAUCUAAAGUUUAAAAUGUUUUCAGAAAAGUUCUGUAAUCUCUGUAAUCACAUCCAACAAAAAGAGAACAAAAUGAGCUGCAAACUUUCAAUUAACUUUUGUUCUUUUCCAUGUACAUGAUUUAAGAAAAACUAUUGAAAGAAAGUUGACUACAUGAUGCAACCUAUAUGAAGCCAGUGAUUUAAUAAUGUAGUGAACGGUAUUUUUGCGUGUUCUCCCAUCUUGUAGAUUUUAGGAUACAGGUAUAUGUACUGUGAAUUUAGAAUUAAGGUACUGUAAACGAAUUCAAUAUUUUUCGCAUAAAAAAUAAUUUUUCGAUACUGAAAUUUGAUUGAUACAUUUGGAAAGUAUUUUGGUGAAAAAUUUGUUUUGAAAAGCAUCGUCAUGUCUCAAAUUCUCGUAGAACUGUAAUGUGUAUAAAUGAAAACAUGUACAAACAUGUAGCUGCAAGACACUUUCAAAACAAUUGAGCAUUCUUUCAGAAAUUCAGCAUCUGUAGCAACAUCCCUCUAUUUUCCUUACAAAAUUGAGCAAAGUUUUGAGCAAUCUUUCUUGAAGUACCAAUUGACUGUCCUGAAUUCCUGAUUCUGUGUAAAGUGCGUUCCAUUUUGGGAAAAUGCCGGCGGAUUUCACUUCAUCUCCCCAGUUCAAAUCUAAAUUCUGUCGUCAGUGGAAAUGAAAUACAAUUUCGGAGCAUUUCAUCUGCCUACAGUGCAUUGAGCCAUUGUUCCAGUGUCCAGUUGUGAUUCAGAAUUUCAGAAUCAUGCCUCAUUGAUAUCGUGUACAUCCAAUUCAGCACAAGAAAUCUGCUUUCGAGUUCGCUUUCGCUGGAGAAAUGCAAUCAGAUUGGAAAACUCAUCAUUAAAAUGUGCCUUGGAAAUGUGUUGGAUUUCACCGUUUACAACAGUUACCUCUCCAGGCGUGAGCGUGUAUCAUCUGCCAAGAAAAUGUAAUGUGUUUUCACACCUCAUCGUGGCUUGUGCUAAAUACAAUUAUUUGAUGUGGAAAAAGCCAAGUAUUUUCUGGAGUCGUUGAAGGAUGGAAAUCGAAUCUUCAGUGUUUUGUGAUGCUGCACUGGACCCUCGUUGAGAUAAACCCCACCCUUGCCUCACCGUGCUCAUUUGAAGGAAAACGAAAAUUAAAAUUUCCAGGAUGACAAAUGGAUCUCUCAAGCAGAACACUGCCCUGGAUCCACAAGCUUCGGCUUCAGUUUGCCAUCCAAUGCCUGCCUGAUGCAUCAAGUUGCGGCCUCUCGCUUCCCCGCUGAUUAGCCACCCUCACAAACCUCACCCCCAUCAAUUUUAAUAAACAAUAUUGAUGCGAGCAUAAUUGCAAUCACGGACCAUUACCAAAUUGCUUAUGCCUUAACUAUAAUGUUAUGGGCACAUGGUGAUUAAAAGCCCCAUCAGAGAGCGAACGUCAUGCUGUGUUUUGUCAUGAGUUGUAACAGCAUCUCCAUGUGGGCUUGUGUCUACACACACACCACAGCAGGCCUACAUGUACACUGUGCCAGAUGAGUGACAUAAGCUUAAUAUGCCGGAGAGAUGCAACGCCAUCAUAUCAGCGUUAAUUUACUAGCCUACCCGUGCGCACUCAGUGAAUAAACAACCAUGUCGGGCGAUAAUUGAGCUUGUUCCCAUGGCAACCUGGAUGCUGAAUAACGCGAGGGAUGGAUUGCCAGGAAUGACAUCUUGAAGUGGCGGAAAGCCUUCAAAAUUGCUAAUGCAUGGUGUGCGUCGCCGUUUUCAUGUGGAACUGAUGUUAUUAAUACAACAAGUGAUUAAUGGCCAAGAGAACUUUUACUAUAGAAAAUUACCACUAGGCCAUGUCUUUAGUCACAGAAUGUGAAAUAAUUGCCCAAAGUUGACUUUUUGAAGGAAAAAAAUUAUUUGAAAAAUUUAUCUGACACAUGGGUUUAAGUUUGGAAUACUGGAAAUUGCUACUUUGGAUGCUUGCUCGAUGCCACAUGAACCAUCCUUGUGCAUGGAUCUUGGAAAUGCAGUUUGCAUCAUUUUGCAAAGGAGCUUCUACUGCAUCCCAUGACCGCCUGCUCACACUACCUCCCUUCUACCACGCCGCUGUUGUACCACAACACCCCGACCUACACCCCGACCUACACUGAUGCACGUCCAAGGACUUUCCACUGUUAACAUCCGCUCGAGAUUAUCACACUUCAGCUGGGGAUCAUCGCACUUCAACUUGGAAAAAAAUGUGCCUCAUAGUUUGUGCCGAGAUCCAACGCGAUCAUCACUUCCCACUUGUGGAGUUUCUUCAUUGGCCAACAACGGCCUGCCCUGUGUGAACUUUGUGCAGAGACAAUCAUCAAGCAUCGUAGGAAUUGUUGAUCAGUUCCUAUCCACCUCACGAGAUUGAGAUCGCCAAGUUGCGUCUGUUGCCAUGGAAAAUAGGGCAGGGGAAAAUCACCCCCUGCCUCUCCGAUAAUACAAAACGGAGGAGUGAAAAAAUGUGAGGAACCACCCUUUGUUGUCGCCGUUCAUCAGACCGUCAUCACACCCAGGAUCAAAUUUGCAGGAGUGUGCUUAUAAUUGCCCCAUUCUACCGAUAUUGCUCGUUUUGUGUUGAACGCUGGAAACGUGGAAAUGCUACCGGGACUACAUUGUUCGUGGAGUUUCGCCCUGUACAGCAUUUCAGGAGCCACAAAAGAAAGCAAUGAACCUGCAAAGUUUUUAGUGUCUCGUGAUGAGAGAAAAAAAAAAUCAACUUGGUUUUGAAAAUUUCAUGAAAAAUUUCGUGGGAUAGAAAGAAAGCUGCAAGUGUGCAAUGAGGAAGGAAGUCGCUGUGUGGAUGUUCCAGUUUCGGCAUUGCCGCGUGUUGCAUGGAGUCGGUGUUAAGUGUUCACGUGCCAACCACCAACAGAACUGCCUGCAUUGUGCUGAUAACAUCAAGCAGUUCAGUGGUUCACACCAAGGAGGAAAUGCAUCCAAAAAUAUGUUUAGUGUCGAUAUCAUUUCCCGAGACACACCAAAUAUGUAGUUUAGAAACUUGCAUAUUAUAUUGUGUAGUUUACAUACAUGUGUAUUUUCUCGUCACUCAGCCCUAGAAAUAGUUGCUUGUUAAAUACCAUAGAUUAAGUUUUGACAAUUUAUUAACAGUGUUCUGUAUGUUUGCAACACACUUUUUGUGUGGUGUACAACAAUGUAUGUGAAAAAC